GAGGAUCUGACAACAGACAGAGAGAUGGGUGAGUAUUUGUAGCUGAGUGGAGAUGAGGAUCAGCUGGAGCGAGACAAUCAACACACAGGUGACAACAAUCAACCAAACGAGCACAUGGAGACUACGAGAGUACAAAUACAAACGCAAAACAUGACACGGAGAAAACAAUGGAUUUCCUACCAUGACAGAAGUUGUCUGCUGAUUUUUCUGUUUUUUUUUUUUUUUAUCGCCCUCUCUGCGAGUUGCUUAUUUCCCUUAUUCUCUCAGAAGAACAUUUGAGUUUAAAUUAAAGUCUCUAUUUUCUGUUGAACCUCAUUUUGGGUCCUCACUUACCUCUCUAACACAUCCAGCAUCCAGCUCUCUUUGUGUUAAGCUAAAGUGUUAUGAACUAUGAUAAAAUCUACAUGUAAACAAAUUAAUAUAGGUGUGUCUUUUGAAACCCCAGUUCCAUAUUAGCAUAUUUAUGUUUUGUCUUUGAUAACCACAGUAGAAUACCAGAUUACAAUGUUUUCAGUGUAACCAUGGUAUUGUUCUCAGAGUCACAAAUGAAAAAAAAUUAUCACGAUCAACUCGAGAGACAUGUUUUUAACAUGUCCAUUGUACUAAUAGGCAGUAGAAUUUAUUCUGCUUUCAAAAUCUGUUAGCAUGGCCUCAUUAAUCAUUAAUUUUUAAUCACUAUACUAACUUGCUGGAAAAUCAUAUGCUAGUUUCUAAGUCAAUGAAUGGCUUAGUGUAAUUCAGAGGGUCUUCACUCAUGUUUGAGGCGUAUGUCAUAAAGGUGACUGUUGUUUCCUUGUUGAGGCAGUAAAGGGGUGGGACAGGUUAUGAAAAAGAAAUAAAAAGGUUUGACUCACUGUGUGUUUCACAAUCACCAUGUGUGUUUAUCAUACAAUGGUAGUGCUUGAAAAUCCGUAUGAAAUUCUGUUAACAGUGGAAAUAUGGUGGAAGACUAUAGAAAACAAAGUCAACACCAGUCAAAAAGUGGAUGCAGAUAUCUUCGUUCAUGUGUCAUAUUCACGGUUUUCCUGGUCCUGUUCCUGUGCUACUACAUCGUCCCCAAUGAAUUCUCAGCAUCUUGGGCUUUAACAGUUGGAUUAUUUCUUCCAGAGAAAUUUACAAGUCAAGCAAUCAACUUUUCACUGACAAGAGUGUCGGCAAUGUCUGUGGAAUCGUGGAAGACACUGGAAGCAUAUUAUGUGGCUUACCCAUACAAGUAUAAUUUUGUUUUGAAUGAACCAGAGAAGUGUCAGGAGGAAAAUCCAUUUAUUGUAUUAAUUGUACCAGUAACUCCAAGCAACACAGCUGCUCGGGACGUCAUUCGUUCAACUUGGGGAUCACAGAGGUUAGUUGGGGACAAGACUGUGAGCACAUUAUUUAUGUUGGGUCUACCCACUUCAGAAGAAAGAGAAACGAUUCAAAAAGAUUUGCUACAGGAAAGUGCAAAGUAUCGUGACCUUAUACAAAGUGAUUUCUGGGACAGUUACAAAAAUCUCACAAUUAAGACCAUGGUAAUGCUAGAAUGGUUGACUGGUUACUGUCAGUAUGCCUCCUACGCAAUGAAAGUUGAUUCAGAUGUGUUUCUCAAUGUGGAAAACUUAGUGAAUAUGCUUCUUUCUGCACCAAAACACAAGUAUAUGUCUGGACUUGUGGCUAGGAAAGGAAUAGUAAAGAGAGAUCCCCAAUCUAAAUGGUAUAUUCCAAAAGAUGUUUACGACCAACCUUUAUAUCCACCCUACGCUCUGGGUUUGGGAUAUGUUUUCUCUUUGGACUUGCCAGUGAAACUUGUUAAAGCAGCACAACUUAUCAAAGCGGUUUACAUAGAGGAUGUAUUUCUAGGUCUGUGUAUGACACAUUUAGGGAUUGCUCUAACUGAUCCACCUGAUGGAAACUUGUUCAGUGUCAUUCCUGUAGAAUACAACCGCUGCCGCUAUUCAAAACUCAUUGCCACAACAACACAAAGCUUGAGAGACCAAGUAGAGUUUUGGAAGGAUUUACAGAGACCUGGUCCAUAUUGUUAAACACAAACAGGUCACAUGACUUAAAGGAAACAAAGCUUGACUUUAUAUAUAUAUAUAUAUAUAUAUAUAUAUAUAUAUAUAUAUACUGUAAAAAAUUUUGCCGUUAAAUAACAGUAAUUUUCUGGCAGCAGGGGUGCCAGUAAAGUACUGUUAAUUUACAGCUCUUAACCAUUAAUUUACCACUCUUAUUUUUAAACAGUAUUUUACCGUAAAUUCUACCAUGGAAAUUAACUCCACUCCCACUGCUUCAAACAGUUCGAGUUUUUAAACUAGCAUUCCUACGAUGUUAGUACUAUGAACUUCACUUAUGUACUUAUGAGUCCACUGAGAAGGAAUAUUUCUUACACUUAAUGUGCAGUAAUAAAGUAACUAAAUACAUGACUUUUACUCAAAUCACUGCAGCUCAUUGUCAGCUGUAUUACACAUGUAUGUGCUGAAGUACUUAACACAGAGAUCACCACUGUAUCAGCGACUCCACAUUUACUGCCUUUAUAUAAAGCAGCAGAAAAUCAGAAUUUGUGGCUCAUCAUUGACUGAAGCACCGGCUCUACUCUACAGCACAAUGGUGAACAACAAAACUACAUUAAACGAUCUCUCUUGUGCAAACACACAUUAAUACAGUCAAGUUCAGUAUUUACUCUCAUUAUCAGUGUAUGACUUUGCCUAAUUUUUUUUCUAUGGAUGUUCACAAAUAUUUUAGUUAAAUUAACUUAUUUUUCAUUUGGUAAAUCUGACGUUUACAUUUUACAGUAUAUUACUGUUUUUCCUUGACUUGACGGCAAAAAACUGUAGAAAAACACUUUUUUUUUUGCUGGCAACCAUUAAUUUACGGCAAGAAACAGUAGAAAAACAGUUAUUUACUGGCAGCAGGGGUGCCAGUAAAUAACUGUUUUUCUACAGUUUGUUUCCUGUAAAUUAAUUACAGUUUAUUACUGUUAAAUUAUGUUUCAUUCUGUUUUUUCUUCAUCUUAAAUCUUUAACCCUUUAAACCCCACAAGAAAAUCCUCAGUUUUAAAUGAACACUUAUAAUGUGUGCACACUACAGAGUGUUAGAGUAACACUGAAUCAGUGAAGUUAAUGAGAUAAUUCGGUGAUUAAUUGAUGAUUGAGCAUUAGUGAUAAACACCUGCAGAAUCACUGAAGGAAAGAGAAACACAAGAACUACAAAUGACUUCAGCCACAGCCUUAGAUGAAAUCAACUGAAUAAAAUAAUACAUCAAAUCUCUCAAGAUCUGAUUAAACAACUACUAAAACAGCUUCACCAGAUUCACAUUACUAACCAGACUGACUUUAUUUCUGUCAGAUGUCUACAGAAGAACUUAUGGAGAGUUAAAUAGGUUUAGGUGUUUUUUUCACUACCAUGAUGGAGAUCAGUGUUUACUUUAGUUGGGCUCUUGAACGUGACUUUUCCACAACUAAGGUUUUUUUUUUCAUGCUGUAACAAUGCGCCUUUGGAACCUGUUAUAGCAAAACAAAAGUACAAAGAAGAAAAAAAAUCUGAUAUUGUUGUUUAUAGAUUGACAAGAACAAAUACUAUUAAUUCUGAUCUAAUCCCAUAUCUCUUCUCUUAUUGAAUAUUGAUACUACAGCAUGAGAAGGAGCACUGCUGAGCCAUAAGUUAUGAAAGACUGUUAAGAAAAUGUCACUCAUAAUAAAUAAAAAAAACCUUUGCUGAAAUUUAGACAGAAAUAUCAAGAAUCAGCGUAUGAAUCACAACAAUGGUGACAAUCCACAAAAUAAAUGAACAGAUCAGUUCUGAACAUCACAACACAUGCUACUAAAACUUAAAACAAAUGCAAAAUUAUAAGCACAUAAGAAUUCAAGAAAAUAAGUGAACAAUUCAGGGGCAUAAUUUAUUCAUGCCGCAAUGCAUGCUGGGAAUCAUGGAUGAGUUUUAUCCUGUGCUGGUACCCAGCAUGCAUUGCAUCAUGAACCUUUUGAUUGUCACCAUUGUUGAGAUUCAUAUGCUAAUUGUUGAUUUCUCUCUUUGAGUGUUGUGGGGACUGCUGCCCGAAAUACUUUUUAACUAAAACUAGUCGUUAAAUCCAUAAAUACUGGUUAUCUCACUACUUUUCAAUCUUACUAAAUUGAAGUGUCAUUGACUCAAAUAUUUCAACACCAAAUUAAUAUUUGAUUAUUAUAGCAACACUUUAAGUCAGUCUAGUAGAUCAUGCCUGUUAGAAACAACCAUAAUCACUUGACUAUCAAAAUUAAUACUGCUGUAACAGAUGCAUCAUAAAGAUACAAAUACAGCAAUAAAACAAAAUGUAAAGUGUAAAAGUCAAUGGUCAGGAGCCCAACUAAAGCAAACACUGAUCUCCACAAUGGUGACGCUAAACGAAACAGUAACAUUAUCAUCUAAAUCUCUUUAAUUCUCAAUAAGAUCUUUUGAUCUCUGUUCUCUGAUCUGACAGAAAUAAAGUCAGUCUGGUUAGUAAUGUGUGAAGUUGGUGAAGCUGUUUGUUGAUCGUUUAAAUCUUCAGUUGAUUUCAUCUAAGGCUGUGGCUGAAGUCAGCUGUAUUUCAUGUGUUUGUCUUGUUAUGUUUUUUUUUCUUCAGUGAUUCUACUCAUUAACAGCAGCUGUUGAUCAUUGUCUGAAUUCACUCAUUAGUGUUCAUUCUCUCUGUCAGGUGGACUAUAUUAGUAAACUCAUGUAGGGAAUAGUGAAUGAGGGUGUAGGGUGUGAUUUGAAACACAGCCGCUGAGUGUCGAAUUUGAACGUUGUUAAUUUUACGAUAUAUAGCAGCAGGCUACUUCUCGAAAACGAUGAAUAUUACCCAGAAUGCACUGUUUAAAUGAAAAACAGUAUUUUACUGUCGAAAUUUGGCCGUUUUUUUACAGCGAUUUUUAACAGUGUACACACAACAUAAAAAUACCCUUUAUAAAGUAAAUAACUAACUACACUAGCAACAGUUUUGAAGUAAUUUUUCAGUAUUUAUUUUUUAUUCAGUAUUUUUUAAUUAAUUAAUUUAUUUGUUUUUGUGCUGUUACAUACAGUAUGUGUUUAUAAUAACUACUAUCGGAUGUUAGUAUGAGAACAAAUGGCAGUUUUAGUAAAAUAAAAUAUUUUGGCAUAUACACCUUUGGUAACACUUUGUAUUUUGGUGUCCUGGUUACAAAUGUUGCAUGUACUUGCCAUAUUAAUAACAAUAAAUUAUGCAUAGCCACAUAAAACUAACCCUUAACCAAACCCUCAUUCAAACACUAACAAGUGUACUAAGUACAUGUAGUUAAUUAAUCAGUAGUUAAAUGUAUAAUGUAUACCUGUAACAAAGAAAUUGUAAAAUAAAGUGUAACCACAAUUAUAAUGGCUCAUGAUUUCCGUCACUUUUUUUUUUUUUUUUUUUUUUUAGAAUGAAGGGCCAGGUCAGCUGUUCAGCUUUUCAAAAAAAAAAAAAAAAAAAAAA